CGCCAUUCGUGCAUUGUUGAUGGGCAAGGUUUUUGCCUCGGAAUAUAAAGGCACCACCUUUCCCAUUUGACUUGAGUAUCUUAAAUCUGACUCCCAGAGUCACCGCCCGAAGUUAUUCUAUGAUCCCCUCAACACCGUUCCAACCAAACGAGUCUGAAUCAUUAUCGGACCAUGCCAAGGAAAACGACGCAGCCUUCCUCAAAUCCUUGUAUGAGCGCAAUGACAGCCACAACACUUCUGAACAGCAUCAUCAGCAGACCAUGGACACUCACGGUAGCACAUAUGGACAUAACCAACAUGGCCAUGCCGACGAAUCAAGUUCCCACGAGUCACUUGCACCAAGGGUCAAUACUGUUUUCGAAGACUGACUGCCUGUAAAAUAAAAGCCCUUUUUCGGCUCCUUAACCGUUUUGGAAAAACGGCAUAUUCAUAGCUUGAUACAUGAAAUAAAUCCUUCCCCUAUCCGCGAAACAAAAGGAAAAAACCAACAGCCUUAGUUAUAAAAAAAAAAAAAACAAUAGAGAAGGGGGUCAAUUGAUUUAAUAGGACGGUUUGCAAAAAGGCCAUUCAGGAU